AUGAAACUCAAGAUGAUCGUGGAUAUAUGCUCGUCCAUCAACCACCUGGAGAGAAUGAAGUUUCAUGUAGAGCUCCAACACGACGACCGCGGCACGCAUUCGCUCAAGUCAUACGCGAUCAGAGCGGAUGAGAUCAUGUAUGAUUCCAGCAAUGGCGGGCGAUUCAAAUGGGUCCGAGAUCCGUCCAAGCCCAGGGAUGCUCGCUACCAGAGCUAUGGUAGCAUGCUCUCGGGACCUCCCCUCACUGGAGCGAAUCGCAAAGCGCUCGUCGAACGCCUCAAGCCCAUCUCGCACGAAGACGCGGACCCACACGAGGUCGCGGCCACGUGGUUCUGGCUCGUCCAGACGUACCCGUGGAUUGUGAACAUGGGCCGCGGCAUGUGUGACGUCCGGCCGUACUCGCCGCAGGGCAUCGCGCAAGUUGGAGAGUGGCUCGCGCUCGACCGCGGGACGCCCGGCUGGUCCAACGUGGUCGUGGAUGAGGAGAUCAGGACAUCGCCGGUCUUCACAACUGGCCUGUCUGUCCUGGGCUCACCGGCGGCUGAGCAGACUACGCCGGUGAACGAGCCUCUCAAGAGGACGUUUGGCGCACUCACGGGGUAUGACAAGCAGACUGCGGAUUGUGAGCUUACGCACGAUGUGCGCGUUGGCGGCAUGAGGUGGACGAGAUAUCUGGUACGAUGCAUGCCUGUGGGCACAACAUUUAUGUUCCUGCAGGCACUCGAUCCAGACGGUACCGGAGACGUGUCCAAAGCGAUCCGCGCUGUCGCAGCGGCGGCGUCUUCCGACUUCCGCACCAUGGGAAUAGUAACGGGACGUCAGUACCUAUUCGACACGACGCUCACGCACACUGCGGACCCCGCGCAUAAAGUGCCUGACUCGCUGUGGUUCUUCGUGCUGCGCCGUGAUCGCGACCAAGGUGUGGACCACCGGUGCAGCACCCCGUGGGCAUUCUGGUCGACCGAGCGCGAGCCCGCCGAAAUCCCGCCCAAUGUUACGUUCAAUCCGACACCGCGUUUUGAGCCGCUCUCGAAGAAGCCUGAGAACCCUGUGUUCGCAUGGACGCAGGUCCUCGAUGGCAUGACCUUUUCGAUUCAGGCGACGGUCUUCCAUCGAUUCACGAUGCUCACUGAAGACGAGAUCCUAGCCCUCAGGCAGCUAAGCGUGCCAGACGACUCGCAGCGGGCGUACUGGGACGAGAUGCAGGGGCACGCGCGCAUCGAAGAAGUCCCCGAGUGCGCGUCAGACGAGCCCCAGAACAAGCGGUGGCUUGACAUGCCGGCGCGCAACAGCAGAACGUGCCAGAUCCCAAGCGCUGGGACGCCG